UUUUUUUUUUUUUAAGUUGACUGUCAACAUGAAAGAUGGCGACGCAUCACAGGCAAAACGCUGCUGGCCGGAGAAAAGUCCAGGUCUCCUAUGUGAUAAGAGAUGAGGUCGAGAAGUACAAUCGGAAUGGAGUGAACGCCCUGCAGCUGGAUCCGGCCCUCAACCGGCUCUUUACUGCGGGGAGAGACUCCAUCAUCCGCAUAUGGAGCGUCAAUCAGCACAAACAGGAUCUCUAUAUAGCUUCGAUGGAGCACCACACAGAUUGGGUGAAUGAUAUAGUGCUCUGCUGUAAUGGGAAGACUCUAAUUUCAGCCUCGUCAGAUACUACAGUGAAAGUGUGGAACGCACACAAAGGCUUCUGCAUGUCCACUUUAAGAACUCAUAAGGACUACGUCAAGGCUCUGGCGUAUGCGAAAGACAAGGAGCUGGUGGCUUCCGCUGGACUGGACAGGCAGAUCUUUUUGUGGGACGUAAACACACUCACGGCUCUGACCGCCUCCAAUAACACAGUCACCACUUCCUCUCUGAGCGGGAACAAAGACUCCAUCUACAGCCUUGCAAUGAACCAGCUGGGCACAGUCAUCGUUUCGGGGUCGACAGAAAAGGUCUUGAGGGUCUGGGAUCCGCGGACGUGCGCAAAACUGAUGAAGCUGAAAGGACACACGGACAACGUCAAGUCGUUACUGUUAAACAGAGACGGUACUCAGUGUCUGUCCGGGAGCUCGGACGGUACAAUUCGACUGUGGUCUCUGGGUCAGCAGCGAUGCAUCGCAACAUACCGCGUCCACGACGAGGGCGUGUGGGCUCUGCAGGCCAACGAAGCCUUCACGCACGUCUACUCAGGAGGUCGUGACCGCAAGGUCUACUGCACAGACCUGCGCAACCCGGACAUCCGAGUGCUCAUAUGCGAAGAGAAGGCGCCUGUAUUGAGAAUGGAGCUGGACCGCUCUGCAGACCCUGCUCCUGCCAUUUGGGUGUCCACAACCAAAUCCUGUGUGAACAAAUGGUCUUUGAAAGGAAUGCACAACUUUCGAGCGUCAGGAGACUACGACAACGACUGCAGCGCCCCGCUGACCCCGCUGUGUACACAGUCUGAGCAAGCCAUUAAAGGUGGUGCCAGCAUAAUUCAGUGUCACAUCCUGAACGACAAGAGGCACAUCCUGACCAAAGACACCAACAACAACGUGGCGUUCUGGGACGUCCUCAAGGCGUGUAAAGGCGAAGACCUCGGGAAAGUGGAGUUCGAUGAGGAGAUAAAGAAGCACUUCAAGAUGGUCUACGUGCCCAACUGGUUUUCAGUGGACCUCAAAACUGGAAUGCUGACCAUCACUUUGGAUGAGAGCGACUGCUUUGCUGCCUGGGUGUCCGCCAAAGACGCCGGAUUCACAAGUCCGGAUGGAUCGGAUCCAAAGUUGAAUCUGGGAGGGCUUCUGCUCCAGGCUCUGCUCGAGUUCUGGCCUCGAACACACAUCAAUCCGAUGGAAGAAGAAGAAGGAGAUGUUAAUCAUGUAAAUGGGGAGCAGGAGAACCGGCUCCAGAAAGGGAACGGUUAUUUCCAGGUGCCGCCACACACUCCGGUGAUCUUCAGCGAGGCAGGUGGAAGGACGCUGUUCAGGUUAUUAUGUCGAGACUCUGGUGGAGAAACCGAAUCCAUGUUGCUGAAUGAAACCGUUCCACAGUGGGUCAUUGACAUUACUGUGGACAAAAACAUGCCCAAAUUCAACAAGAUCCCAUUCUACCUGCAGCCGCACUCGUCUUCCGGCGCGAAAACGCUCAAGAAGGACAGGCUGUCGGCCAGUGACAUGCUGCAGGUGAGGAAGGUGAUGGAGCAUGUCUACGAGAAGAUCAUCAACCUGGACACGGAGUCUCAGACCACGAGCUCAUCGGGAACUGAGAAGCCCGGGGAGCAGGAGAAGGAGGAGGACAUGGCCAUGCUCGCUGAGGAGAAGAUUGAACUCAUGUGCCAGGAUCAGGUUCUGGAUCCAAACAUGGACUUGAGAACAGUAAAGUAUUUUAUCUGGAAGAGCGGCGGAGACCUGACUCUUCACUACAGACAGAAGUCGACGUGAGGACGAUUCCAGCGCCUUUUUUUCCCGAUUGCUCAUUGAGAACGUUCAGCACCAUUCCCCUUCAUCUCACCAUGAGACUGGAAACAGACUGUACAGUAUACUAAUCCAAGACUUUUUUUAUUUUUAUUUGUUCGUUUCAAAUAUAUAUUUUUUGUCUGGUUCAUAAGACGCAGGGUCCGUACUUCCUGCCGACUAUCCUGUUGAAGUACUCCUGGGCCAAACAUCAGAAAACAUAAAAAUUAGUAGUUUGUUGUUCUAUAUGAACAUAAAAACCACUGACGAAUCUCAAAACUCUUAAGAUGUUGGUCGAUGCGGGCUUGGUGCAAACUCUGGACCCACAUUUCACAUUCCUGGUAUACGUCGCUCGUCCUGGCGGCUUUUCAAAUAUGCACCAACGCUCUGAAGGUCUUGAGCAUUCGAAUUUUCAAUGUGGAUUAUUCAUAAUUUGUCGUCCAGGGGUAUUUUUUUUUACACGCCAUUCCUGAAUCUUUGAGAGUUUUCUCAUUCAGCUGUAAUAAAUAAAGCCAGUACUGGUGAACUUUU